CGGACGGAUGACCGGCCGAUGACGCCGCGGUACGCGUAGCUUGUGUCCCCCGACGCCCGGAACGACCAUACGGAAUGGUGGUGUUUUUUUCACGGAACCGGAGCAGCCUGUUUCGAUAGUUGGCGAUGGAAACGGAAAAGGCAACAAACGAAUCCUUUCCUCGCCACAGCAGGCGUGUGAUCAGAAAUCGUGAAAAGUUCACGUUGCACGUUGCACUUUCGUGGCGGUCGGGAAAAAAAAAUGAAACCGAAAACGUUGCCGCAACGCCACAGUCGGCCAGCGACGACCACCUCCGCCGUCGUAGACAGCGCCGUUGAAGAAAAUGGUCCAAGAGAGAGGAAGAGAGCGAGAGAUGGAGCGUGAUGGAAAAUAAUAAUAAAUCGUGCGUGUUUAUGUGCGUGACCGGCCAUUAACGCAAUGCUCGCCUUUCCGGUGGCCGCGGCCGCUAAUCACGCGGCCGUCGCGGUGCGUUGUGUUCGCGAAAAUAGCGCAGGAAACGUCCCAAACACUGCGAACGCCGCCGCCCAUCGUGCCAUCGAUCCUUUCGCGUUUGCCGCACAGCCCGGAGGAGAGAAACGCGUGGCCAAGAAAUCGCAAAACAGCUGGAACGGAUGCCGCGAACCAGUUCGUGAGUGUGCGGGCGUGUUUGCGGUGGUGUGUGUCUGCGGUGCGUGAGUGUGGAGCUGGCCGUGUGCGCGCGCGGGUGUCUCAGUGUGUGCGUUUGCUGUUGGUGAGGUGAAGAAAAUCGUGCGGAAAAAUCGGCCACCAUCGGGGUCAAGUCAAGCUACGCGUACUGCGACGUCGUCAAACGUGCGUCGUCCUGCUCGGUCGCUGCGGUCUGGUCGCUCCUGUCGGUAAUCUUCCUGAAAGACUUUUCGCACGUUGCCACGUGUGCGAAACGUGUCAAGCGGUUUCGAUGUCGAACCGCUCGGUCGUUACCCACGGCCAAGGAAUCGGACGGUGGGAUGAAAAGGAUACAUGCUUUGAAUAUGCUUUGAUUCACACGGUCUUGCGUUGGCGAUUUUUAACGUCUUACACGUCGAUUAGUUUGGUGCACCCCACGAACCCCGACGGAGACUCAUCGUUCGUUUCUGCACCGACGCUAGGGACGCAUCCUGGAACCUGUCGGGUGGAACGAUAAUGAACGAAAUCAUCAUCCUGAAUGAGGGCUACUCGAGAUACGAGGCAGCGGAACCCUCGGUGAUGCUGGCCAACUGCACCUGCACGUUGAUCAAAGGCCGCGAUUGCAACGUCAUCGUGGACACGAUGACACCUUGGGACGGCGAUCUGCUUUUGCAACGGCUGCAGGAGCAUCAGCUGCAUCCGGACGACAUCGACUACGUCGUGAGCACACAUGGACACUCCGACCAUCUGGGGAAUAAUAAUCUUUUCCUGCGGGCGAAGCGGCACAUCGUUGGGACCAACAUUUCCCACCGGAAUCGUUACUACGUCCAUGAUUUCGACACUGCACCAUUCCGGCUGACGGAUGACAUCGAAGUGCAGGCCACACCGGGCCACACGCUGUCCUGCGUGACGGUGCUGGUCGCGGGGAGCAACAUGCCCACCGGUGACGGUGGCCGGACCGCGAUAGUGGGCGACUUGUUCGAGCGCCGUCAGGACAUCGACGACGAGCGACUGUGGAUCGAGGCCGGCAGUGAAGAUCCCCGUGCGCAGCGCCGUCACCGGGCACGCAUGGCCGCGCUGGCGGACUGCAUCGUGCCGGGCCACGGUGAACCGUUCCGCGUGGAUGCUCCGAUGCGAGAAUCCUUACGACGUCAGGUCUGCGACAACGGCGAGAGGCAACGGGAGUCCCUUCAGUGAAGCCAUGGGGACCAACUAUCGGUGGGCACCGUUUCGGUUUUUAUGCGUUCUCUCCGUUGAAUAGUUACUUUAGUGAACCGAUUGCACGCGCUCACUUCCAAAAUGCGUACGCAUAAUCGUUUCCGUUGCGCGAGUUAGGAAAACAAAAUGGAUUUCGUUCGGUUUUACGGUAAGCCAAAAGCAAACAGGACGAGGUUAUCGAUUGAAGGGGAUACCGUACCCGUAGUACGAUAAGUGAAUUUACAUUACUAUGAAUUAGUCAUCGUGCCAACGUGCACCUAUAAUUGUGUAAUCCAUGUUUGACAUUAUCGAGAUUGUUCGUUCGUAGUGUUGUUAAUGUAUUCCAAAAAACACCCUAUGAUAUGAAUAAUUACCAAAACCAUCUACCGGUGUGUUGUGUUUUCGAAGGUGUGCAUCCGGAGCGGUACGUUUGCGUGACAGCAAAUCGUGGCCAGCUUCCGUUUAACUCACUGUUAGUGCAGAUAUUGUUGUUUGCUUCAAUCGUUUUUUGUGUAUAAGUGUUGCGCACGUUGCGCACUGUUGCAGCAACAUUGGUGUAUUUGUGCGUAAACGCAGCAAUAGUUUAUCGCUCUGAUGGCGAAGGGCUGACGGUCUUGAAUUGAUCGCCCGCGACACUGGACACGAACCAGCGAGCCCGCUUUGCCGCUUAUUUCCGUAUCCUUGGAAGCUUCGGUUCGGAAGCGAGAACGAAGAAGCAAAAGCAAAUGGUCCACAGGCGAGGAGGUACGCGAGUAAUGGAAGGAACAUAGUGGAGGGAAAGAAACAAUAAAUUCCACGUUCACGUUCGGAACAUACGACAUAAACGAUAACGUUGAGGAAGCAAGCUUUAUGAUAACGUAAAUAAGUAUGCUUUAUGGUUCCAAGUAAAACCACCCUAGGCAUUGAAUAUACGCAGACUGUGGUGGAGAGGCAAAAAAUUACAUACACAAAAUACAUAAUACACAAAUAUGAAUAUGCAGUUUCUUGAUCAUACAUGUAAAACGUUAGUGGACUUAGAGUUGCAAAAGUUUCUUAAUUACAAAACGGAAGGGAAAACGAGAAAAACCACGUCAAAAACACAAAUACAGCUACCCGCAAACGACAGUACGGAAUAGUAUUAUGUACUCAGUUACAAACCUAACGAGGGAGGAUCAAAUCCCACACACAACGUGCAUUGCUAUUCCACCCAAACCGGCAUUGGCAUUUUACUUUCCAAUAAAGACACAUGCACAAUAGCGGUUUAGCAAUAGCAGAGAACGGGUGGGGCCAAACCUGACCCGCUAGACACCUGUGCAAAACGCAACACGAAAACACAAGAAUCUACAACAAUGGUACCAAUUUUGAAAACGGUUGUGCAACAGUAAACAAAACAUCCCAUUUUCCGCGACCAGGCCAGUGGCCAGCGUCAGUGUGCAGCAAACGAACCAAUAGAACGGCCGAGCACGGCACGGGACGAUAUGUUUCACGUACACUGCAAGACUUUUUGAGACGGAGGAUGUAGCGCACACUGACCCUGGACUGGAACCGAAACAUUGUAUGAACUCUCGCCACAACAAACAAAACAAGUACCAAACCCACAACAAUUACACUGAAGAAGAAAAAAACACAUUUGAAAUCGAUGGGCUUGACACAGGAACGGUGAGACCGCUCGUAAUGCACACUCCUCCCGAGGGCUGUGUGUUCGGUAACACGCUGCUGGACGGACGGUGCCGAACGUGUCCACCCGCACCCUGAUUGCCUUCUUUAAGAUGCUUCUACCGAUUGCCAACUUUUUGGACUUUGGACAAAGAGAGAACCACGAAACCGAUUUAGCACAGGAAAAGAAACACACAGCAAAUAUACAGCGUACGCGCGAAACACUCUCUCACAGAAACACAGAAACAUACAUAAUGGAUGUUUAGUUCUAAAUAUGCAGCAAGCAGUAAGAGAAGAAAAACUUAUAAAAUAUUAAAUACUAUUACUACCGUGUAAGGGUUAUAUAUUAGCAGCAAAGGAGAGGGGCAGAGGAAACUAAUCAUCUCGUGAAUCACCAAACUCAUCCAACUAAUUAAUCUAGUGAACUAGUGAACCGUAGGUUUAAGGGCAACGCGCGGCGCGCACCGUCCGCCGGACGGCAACAUCGGUCCGCGGAUGGGCGCGCCCACUAAGACACCACUUGGAUCCGAAAACUAAUAGUCGAUAAGGCAUAAGUACCACUGAAGAAAACCUGGCAAACGAGCGAGGUAAGGCGGUAUGAAGAUUAAACACUUAACCCGUAACCUGUAAGAGUUAAAGAUGGACAUUGAUAUUUUCUCCCACUGACACCGUGGAGGAACCCUGGCAAACACGAUUUUCUACUAAAAAACCCAAAAAUAUUUAUUCAUACAAACAUAUAUAUAUAUAUAUAUACAUAUAUAAAUAUAUACAUACACAGCUAUGAUUAUACCGAACAAGACAAAGUGCAUGUAGCAACGCGAAGUAGUAGACCGCAAGCACAGAAGAGGCGAAAAAAAGCAUUACUAAACAAAACGUUUAAUUGUUUCCUACAAAACAUGGUAAGCGUAGCACAUAACCUCAUGCAAAACUGAUUUAAUGACGAUGGGCGGAGGUUAAUGAUCAACAAACUGUUGGUUGGUUACUAAACGCACUCUGUUUGGGGAACCGUUUGGAACCGCCGGCAGAUAGGAACGUAAUGGUGAUUGAUGUUAAACGAAAAAAAAAGAAACUAUUAACAGAAGAUCGCGGAACGGAUUGACAGUUGAAACAAUAAUUUAACGGAAUCGAGAGUCAAUCGGCUUGACGGAGGAAGGCGACCCGCGAAAGCGCAGUCGAUGGCAGAUGGAAUAAUCAAUAAAUUCAUAUUCACGCCCAGUAGUAGAGGCGACCGUAGUAGAGCAGCGAACGUACUGUGAGUUCAGCCGAGAGCAAAAGUAGUGUGCUAUUGAAAACCUACUUCAAAAUCCAUAUGAAUAAUGUAGCAGUUAUCUCCUUUCGGUUGACUUGAAAUGACUAAUUUUAAAGCGAUCAAAUGCGAUUGGUAUUGGAUAAUAAUGUUGCAAGUAGUGGACACAGAACACAAAAUGAACAAUUAAAUGAAACCCACGCACACACAUUAUCGAACAAAAAAACUGAACCACACAACUGUGUAUGUAAAUACAUAUACCGUAGGAGCAUUACGCAGAGCUAUUUAAGCAGCAUCUAGCCGUAGUGGAACGCAUUUGUUUGAGAAGCAAGUUAAAAGUAAGCCAAAUAAACGCAACACACUCAACUAUAUGAUUCAUUAUAAUAUACAGAUAUAUCUAGACGGAAGCAUUAGAAAAAGGAAAAUACCUGCAUUACAAGGAUGGAAAGAUGGAGCAAACGAAAAUGAAAAAAAAAAAACCCAGACACAACCAUACGAGAAACCAUGGCACAUUAUUUAAGCUUGUACUUGUUAUUCGCCGGCAAACGCGGGCCUAUCGCCUUGCGCUUUCCAACCACACUUAAGACACACCCUGUAGGUCUACCGUUCUACCGAAUGCUGAAAGCAGAAGGCAAAGCAAAAACGAAAAAACCAUGGGAAAAACAACAAAAAAACUUAUUAAAAAAAUGCAGAAAAUAAUAUUUAGCUGUUUCAUAUUGACAUGAAUUCAACAACUACGAGCCGAAAGGAUCAGGAACGAUCGGAUAGGAGAGGAAGGAGGAAAGGCAGCCAUGAUGAGAUCCCUGAGGGCCCCUGGCGGACCGUUACAUAAACACGUACCACCAGUCCGGCUUUGACCAGAUCCCCUUGGAAAGGAAGAACGCACAAUGUAAAACAAAAGAAAAACCGAUCCAAUACAAAUUGAAGCCAACAACAACUAAUCCGGAGACGAAAAAAAAAGACAGACAUAAAAUCCCCGCCACAGAUGAGGGGUGACCAAAAUGUGAGAAAAUAGAAGAGCAAAUUAAAACAAAAAGAAAAUGCCUGGCAAAAAAAAAAUGGAGCGAUAAAAACAAACAUCCAUCAACUGCGCCUGGCCGAGGCACAAAGAAGGAACAAACAAACACAAUGUUGUUUUCACAUUGUGACUGCGAAUUAUGGACACCACGCCAGUACCUCCAUGGCGAAAAAAAGAAUGUCGCAAACAGGACAACCGUCCGGCACCGUGAUUGGCGCCGAUGGUUGGACCGAUUGCUUGUUAGUAGAAGCAGGAUGACGCUAGGAAAGGGAAAGGAUCGCUCUUGAGCUACAUCCCACUGGAAACAGGGAGCUUGGAUGCGUGGACAUCAAACAAAACCCCUCCCCACAGCAUAGGUAUCCACCGAAGGUCAUAAACAGCAAUGGACAAUGGGGGAAGGGGGCACGAGCAAACCCGACUCGAAUGCGGAUCGAUACGUGUGGUCGCUGGUCACCGCAACGUAACGUGUCCGCCUGGGUGGCUUAAGGGCGUACACAGUGGACUCAUCUCGCAGAGAGAGAGAAUGGCAGAGAAAAAGCGCUGAUAGGAACCGAAAAUUAAUGCACAAAAUAAACCACAUAUACAGGAGCAGUACCGAGAAGCAGUACAGGAACCGAAAGGACGCGAACCGAAGGGAGAAAAACAAGAAAAUAAGCGCACACAUAAAAUGGCAGACACAAAUGCGUAACGCAAGGCAGAUACGUGAGACACAGCUUGACAGCUUGAUUCACGCAGAAAAUGAUUAAUUGAGUAACCAUCACAACCACACAAAAUGCGCACAGUUGGCCAUGGGUGAGAAACGAAGAAAAUGCUCGAGACCAAAUGAAACUUCAAACCCAAGUGGACCCAGUGAACGAAAGCAAAAGGAAAAGAACCAACAAACAAAACGGCAAAACGGCUUCGCGAUGCCAUAAGUUGAUGAACCAAAAAUGCACAACAAAACAAAAGGCAGUGAAAAGGCAGAAUUAAAACAAUGUAGCGAGAGGCUGGCUGAACCGGGGAAGGAUGGGCACGUCAUAAAACCGUGUGGUGGCCCCCUGAGCCGGUGGAAAGUGAAAGGCUAUAAACGAACAGCGGGAAAAGCCAACCUCCCUGAAAAAACAGAAAAAGAAAAGAAAGCAACA